CAUUUUCACUGUUAUUAAUUUUUAUUAUAAUAUUUUAACUGUCGGCAAAACGAUUAUAUUGCAGAUCGUUAAAUCAUCAAAAUAUGAAAAAGAAUAUAGUUGUUUAGAGUAGAAACAGUCCGCAAGGGGAGGAGCUUGUCCGUGAACCCCAAAAUUCUAUUUAGUACGAGGCAGAAGGAAACGUUAGUGCGCGCUACCGUCUGAAAAGCAAUUUGUAAAGGACUUGCUUCAUGGCUCAAAAUAUACUUCAACAGUUACAUGCUCCGAGACAUUCGUUUUCUAAAUGUUUUCGAUGAACUCAUAAGAUAGCCACGGCUCAAAGGAACCUCCAGGUGGGGCAUACGGAAGCUCACGUUUUUACAUGAGCUGUCAAGUCCAAAAUAGCUGGACCACCCCAUCAGAUUGGGGCACGUUCAAGACGAUAAACCAGAUUCAGACAGACCCGGUCCAAGAAGCCAUGGCUCUAUCGCGUCGUCAGUUUCACGAUGUAUCACGCUUGAGUCCUGUUCAGAUUCCGCAGGUCACCACGUGUCCCUUUAGCGCUUCAGAUGGAAAGGAGAACACCAUCUAUUUUACGCUGGACGCGGCAGUGCAAGCCAGACAGACCUUUGAUUUCUCCGCCUUCAACAGACUCAUAACGGAUAUGGGGUCUUUGAACGUAACAGGUCCCAUUACAAACAUUCAUCCUCCAGAAGCGUCUUUUUACUCUGGAGAUAAACUCUUGACACCAUAUACCGACACGGACGGUAAUCCGGACAGUUCGCCGCAUUCUUCCCUUUCGUACUCCCAACAUUUGCACAGUUUGGCUUUCUCCGCGCCUUCCGAAUAUGACACUAAGCCUGUGACUCGUUAUUUAACGCUUCACGGAACAACACGACAUGACAGCUGCAUCGACAGGACCACACAGACCAUCAGUCAGACAAGCGAAGACGACACAGUGCCCAAUUUUCUCCAAGCAGAGUUUGCCGGGAGAGAUAAAACUCAAAGAGAGAAGACGCAAGGUGGGUAGACAGGGUUAGAAGACAUAACGUUGGAAAAAACUACACAAAGGCCAAGACGAGUUGUUUUUGUUCCGAAGGCAACUGAAGGGUGUAGCCACGAAGACACAAAGAGAGUCUUGGCUGAAAAUGAAUUUAUUGCACGGAAUUACCCUAGACAGACUAAAUUGCACGUCUUUUCUCAGAACAUCAAAACAGCGGAAGGCUCCAUUGUCAACUGGAAGCCGAAGAGUGGGCCAGGUGUGCUAUUGCUUUAGGGCCUGAUUUUAUUGCUGAAAAAACUAAAACUCGCGGACAGACACAUUCUGGCUGCAGAAUUCUUAGCGCUUUUAGCAUGGGCUACAAUGGCUUGGGUUAGACAGUAGUCCAAGUUGAGUGUCAGUGUGUAAUCCAUACACAGCAAGGAUAUCUGGAGAUAGACAAGAGUACGUCGAUUGGUAAUAGUCAUUUAAAUAACAAUUUUCUUGUAUUUUUCCUGAGACCUUGAGACUAAUUCAUGUAUUUUCUGUUGAGGAUUCUGGUAAACGUGGCAGAGGCCUUAAGCCUGUGCUUUUGUGUUUUGGCUAAGUCAUUUAGUGUCUUUGUUAAACAAUUGUUCCUCAUAUUCUCUUCUCAAAUUUUACGAAAUAAAUGUUGGUUACGCCAUUGUUUUGUA